AUGCAAACCUUGUGGCUUCCCUCAUCUAUCCACAAUUAGAUUGAUAGAAUCCCCAGGAAUUUCAUUAGGGAAGCAGAUGAUUGCCACCAUGAACUACAUCUUGUUGGCUAGGAUACCUUUUGUCAACUAAAAAAUUAUGGGGGUUUGGGUAUUAAGAAGGCUAGGGAUGCAAACCUUAUUGCUAUGACCAAGUUCAAUUGGAGACUUCACAUGGAUAAGGGAAAUCUGUGGAGAGAGGUCAUAUAUGAGAAAUACAAGAUUGAUGAACUCCAUACAUCCUUGCCUACAAGUGGUUCUCUUGUCGUCAAGUGUCUUGCUAAGGGUAAUUCUAUCUUCAAGGAUGAUAUCCUCGUUAAUGAUUCCAUUUACCUGGAUGUGGUUGAGUACCCCAUUCCCUAGGAGAUUGUGCUACAUGCAAAAAAAGAAAUUGGAAAAUUCAAGAAGAAAAAAGAAGGGACUCAAUUGAAGAAAUUAAAAGUUGGAGGGGUGAAGUUCAUCAAAAUGAAUUUACAAACCCAAACCCAAAACCCAUCAAAACCCAAACCAAAAUUACCCAAAAACCCAAUCAAAACCCAAACCAAAA